AGAGCGUGUCAUCAUGCUAGCCUUUGCCCCAGUCAGCGGAGGUACGUAAAGUACAACAACCCACUUCUCCACUACUUUUACAGAGGACACGAAGCACUGCUACUUGACAGAAAAUGUCUCGUCCUCUGGAGAGACUCCGAGUCAUUAUCAACCAUCUUGACAGACAUCCUGCGGGGAUUAGAGCUGCGCCCACGUCUGCUCAAACCGUCAGCUACGGUCACCCACAGAGACUGAGGUAUACUUUGGAUAAUGACCUGCUGACCCCGGAACAGCGGCUCUUCUAUGAGGAAAAUGGCUUCCUUCUCAUCAGAAAUCUGGUGUCCAAGCAGGACAUCGACAGGUUCAGGAGGGAGUUUGAACGGAUCUGUCGACAGGAAAUAAAGGUUCCCGGUCUGGUGGUGAUGAGGGACGUGGCUAUAGCAAAGUCCGAGUUUGUCCCAGAUCAGAGAGCUGUCUCAAAAGUGCAGGACUUUCAGGAGGAUCCUGAGCUGUUCCGGUACUGCUCUCUACCAAAGAUCCUGAAGUAUGUUGAGUGUUUCAUUGGACCGAACAUCAUGGCAAUGCACACAAUGCUGAUCAACAAACCUCCUGAUGCAGGUAAGAAGACGUCCCGUCACCCGAUGCAUCAGGAUCUGCAUUACUUUCCCUUUCGACCAGUCGAUCGGAUCGUCUGUGCGUGGACAGCUAUGGAGACUGUGAACAGGCAGAACGGCUGCCUGGUCGUCCUGCCAGGAUCACACAAGGGCACGCUGCAGGAACAUGACUAUCCUGAGUGGGAGGGCGGGGUGAACAAGAUGUACCAUGGAGUCCGAGACUAUGACCCGGAGCACCCCAGGGUGCACCUAGAAAUGGAAAAGGGUGACACAGUCUUCUUCCACCCACUGCUCAUCCACGGAUCUGGCAUGAACCAGACACAGGGCUUCCGCAAGGCCAUCUCCUGCCACUAUGCCAGCGGUGAUUGCUAUUACAUUGACGUGAAAGGAACCACACAGGAAAACAUAGAGAAAGAGGUGAAGGAGAUCAUAGUGAGGAGGCACGCUGUUGGUGAUGAACUCACUUUCAAGGACACCUGGGCAAUUCGGGGUCGUCUGGUGCAGGGAGAGAGGAUUUCGAUGUGAAGACGCUGCUGCGGGGUGAUGAAACUGAGCUCAAACUUCGCCAUCUCAGCACAGCGGCUGAAUGAGAAGCAACAGGCUUUGGAUCACUGCAGCAAAGUUUUCGGGGUUUUCUGCUGAGGGCUCUGCAAGGGCUUCAAACCACUCUUAUCUAAUUUAUGCGAAAACAGUCACUGAUUUUCUUUCACCUAAAUGCACUGGAUUAGUAUGCAUAUAAUUCAACAUUUAACAGUGUUUUACUGCACAGAGAUCCUUCUAAAAUCCAUCUGUAAAGUUGUUUAGCCAAGUGGGAAAAAAAGAAGACAUUAAUUACACAAAUGAGGAUUCUAAAUAAUAAUUGAUUUUUGCAUAAAGAAAACCGAGUGUGUUACGAGUGACAGUGUGAAGUUCAAAAAGGGAUUAAGUGGAAAGAAAGAUUAAUGAAAGUGUUUAAGUGAUGUUGCACUUGUGAAUUGACACUAACAGAGGCCUUAAUCUUGCGGCAUUCUGCCUUGUAAAUUAAUGAGAAUGUUUAUUUUUGCAUCUUUAAUGGCAUUUUUAAUCUUUCAACAGGAGUUUUUGAUCUUCAUGUGGGUGUCAUUGUGCACAAAUGUAGUGUAUUUUGCUAAUAUUAGCAAUAAAACUCAGAAUUGACUGCUAUAUAAA